AUGGCCUCAACCUCAAGUCUUCUCAUUCAUGUCACCAUCAUUACUCGCCUACUAAUCAGAGGCAACGAGAUCGCGGCAAUCGGCAAGACAGCUUACCUAUUGCACGACCUUCUCGUGUCUGACGACACGAAACAUAUCGAUUGCUCUGGUCGAAUUAUUCUACCAGGACUAAUCAACAUACAUGCGCAUCUCGCGGAAUCCCUGCUUCGUGAUGGAUACAUCGGAGCGAGAUUGACAAUUGCUGAAAUGUUGGAAAGCGGGACCACAUGCUUCCUGGAAGCCAUGUUGACACAUCGAACUGGCUUUGAGAACGUGGCGGCUGCCGUGGGUGAAAUGAGCAUACGAGCUUGUCUUGGCAAACUGGUGAAGGUCGAAGAGGCCAACAAGGCUACCGGAAUCAUUGACGCAAGGGACCGAAAUAUCUCGAGCAUAUCCAUUGCAUCCGCCCUAGAAGCGCACGAUGCUCAUCAUGGCUCAUGUGAUGGCCGAUUGCACGUAUGGAUGGCGGCAAGAACGCAUAGAAGUUCGCCAGCUGCUUUACACAGAGCUAUUAGAGACGCAUGCGAGAGCAACGGUUUGGGUCUUACCAUGCAUUGUGCAGAAACUCCAAAGGACCUCCAGAUCUUCGCAGGCUGCUAUGACUGCACUCAUGCAGAGUUCUGCAAGGACAAUAAUCUGGUCAGGAACGGUGGUAAAACAGUUUUGGCGCAUAUGGUCAAUCUCAAGCUUGAGAAAGACGUGCACCUGCUCAGCAAACGUGGCGUCGCUGUGGCUCACAAUCCAGCAAGUAACUGUAAGCUGGCUUCAGGAAUCGCUCCCAUCCCCGAACUUAUGGACGGAAACGUCAACGUGUCCCUGGGAACUGACGGUGCUCCUUGCAACAAUACCUACGAUAUGAGAGAUGCUGCCGUAAUGAGUGCCGACAAGACCUUGGAGAUGACGACGAUCGACGGUCCUAGAGCUCUCGGCUUGGAAGACAAGAUCGGUAGCCUGGAGGUCGGAAAACUUGCAGAACAGAUACUUCAUGGUGGUGUCGAUGCGAUCACUACUGUAGUGCAUCCGUGCACUGGUUCAGAUGUCGAGAAGGUGGUAGUAAAUGGCCGAGUCCUUGUUCAGAAUCAGAAGCCUGUCUGUGCUGAUGAACAAGAGAUAUUACUCCAAGCACGGCAGGCGGCGAAGAGGAUUCGAGACUCUGCUGGAGUCAUAGCGAGGCAGACAAGAAAUUAUCUGUAG